AUCUCAGCUCCAACUUUGCUCGGAGCCCGUCUCAUCUCUUCUCAUCUCUCUCUCUCUCUCUCUCUAACUGAAAAUACUUUUUCUACUUUGGUGGCCAUGGACUCAAGUUGGUUAGAACUUGAUUCUUCUCUCAGUUUCGACCUCAAUCUCAAUUCUCAACAUCGUGGAUUCCUCAAUCAAACUCAACCUAAGGAGGAGUUUCAAACUGAGAUUGUUAAUCCCAGGAGUAAAUCACCCUCAAUGAAUGAAGAGGCAAGUUUGUUAGUAGAGAAGUUGAAUCGUGUGAAUGAAGAGAACAAGAAGCUAAGCCAGUUGCUGGCUUUGACAUGUGAGAACUAUAACAGUUUGAAGACCCAAAUGGAGUUGUUGGGCAACAAGAACAAUGAUCAAGGGCUAGUUGCUUCUGCUCCCAAGAAGAGAAAAGCCGAAGGCAUGGAUAAUAAUGUGAAUCAACAAGGCAAUUCUGAGAACAGCUCAACUGAUGAAGAAGAAUCAUGUCAUAAGAGACUAAAGGAAGACAUGAAAACUAAGAUCUCAAGGGUCUAUGUAAGGACUAAUGCUACUGAGACCAACCUUGUAGUAAAGGAUGGAUAUCAAUGGAGGAAAUAUGGUCAGAAGGUGACCAGGGACAACCCAUCUCCUAGGGCUUACUUCAAGUGUUCCUUUGCACCAAGGUGCCCUGUAAAGAAGAAGGUGCAAAGAAGUGCAGAAGAUAGAUCCAUAUUAGUAGCAACUUAUGAAGGAGAGCAUAACCAUCCAAACCCUUCAAGACCUGAGACAUCAUUGGGUUCAAAUCAUGGUGUAGCCACUCUAGGCUCAAUCCCCUGUUCUGCCUCCAUUAACUCAUCUAGUUCGGGUCCAAUGAUAACUCUAGAUCUAACCCAUCAGCAGCAGCAGCAGCAGCAGCCUCCUCAGCCUGGGACGGUGGUCAAUGAAGUGAAGAAUUCAAGCCCAGAUCAAGUAAAGUCACCGGCUUUCCAACAGUUUAUGAUUGAGAAGAUGGCUUCUUCUUUGACCAAAGAUCCAACUUUCACGGCUGCACUUGCAGCUGCCAUCUCUGGAAGAUUUCAACAGCAAUCUGUAGCUGGAAGAUGGUGAUAUAUAGUUUAUUUCUUUAGAGAAUUUUCUUGUAUUUUGUUUUGAUUCAUCUUCAGCUCUUUGAAGAAUGGAGAAACCAUCGAAUGUAAAUAGAAUUUGAAAUGAAAAAAAGAGUCUUUAAUUCUAAACUUA